CUCGGUGACAGGAUGUGACAGUUGGAACAAAAAAGGCAAUUUCCAGUUACCUUCGCUGUAUGCGAUAAGGACACUACUUGAAUUCAUACAAAUAAACAGUGUUUAAAGUAAUUGCUUUGCAGUCAUGUCAUCUGAUAGUGAAUUAGAAGAAUUCUUUGACGCACAAGAUGUCACCCCGAAAAGGAGCACAUUGCCACGGGGGACAACAGACAGCUUGGAACAGCUGGACAUGGAAGAGAAGGCCUUGAUAGAACUGAAGAUGAAGCAGGAGCUAAGGAGAAGACAGGAGGACUUGGAGCUACAAAAGAGGCUGGAGGCUUUAAAGAUGAAGAAACAGGAAAAGGCUGUACACAGAAACUUGGAGCAGGAGAGAAAAGACAUGUCAGAGCGCCGGCGUCGGAGGCAUGAGGAGUUACGGCGGAGGAUGUCGGAAAGGGGAGAUAACUCGGAUUCAAACUCGCUCACAGAGGAGUCAGAGGAAGGCUUUGAAACCGAUGAAGAGGAUGAGCUUCCAAAAGGAAGCAGUGCAGACUCUUUAGCUGUAAACAUUAGAGAAAGGUCACGGUCAAGGUCAAGGUCGCAGUCUCCACUCGUAUCAGGCCCGUCAAGUAGCGACCAUAGCAAUAAAUAUGGGGAGAUCUCGGAGAACAUGAGCUCCUCGUACCCAGAAAAGGAAAAACUCUCUAAACAACUCCAGGACCUUAUGUUGGAACGAGGAAGGUCAUCUACCAUUGACCAUAACCACAUUGACCCAGAAGACAUUGUUGAAAAUGUCCUUCAAGAGAGCAACCUACUCCAGGAUGAUAGCGAUAAUGAGCCCGAUAUCGUUCGCAGCACAAAGACCCGCACUCCACCCUCCACAUUGCAAGGGGCGAUGGCUCCACCCGCCGUUGGCAUUCAGUCAGAGGUCAAGGUAACAGACUCAGUGGAGUUUAGGGAUCCUGUGGCGCCACCUAGACGAAAAAAGCAGUUGAAAUUAUCUACUGAAUUGGCCAACUCCCAAAGAAGCAGUUUGGCGAGCGAAGACGAUUACCCCAUGUCGGACCGCACUAGCAGUCUUCCCACAGUGAGCCUCACUACCCCAAGGGGCACCCCAGUCUUAGGGAAAUCCCUAAUGGAUCCCCAGUCUCCAGGGCUUCCACCUGAACACCUCUACAAUAUGGAAGAGAGGCUGAGAGGUGAAGAGGGGAUGAAGUUGGAGCUCCGAACUUUGAUGAGGGGGAAACGACAUAUACGAACUGAUGAUGCCGACAUAUCUGCCAUAAACUCCGACCAUGAAUCACCGAGGCAUAGCAUGGAUUUAUCCUACCGAAAUAAAACCUCAAGUCUUGACAAGGCUACUAAGAGAUCCAGCUUUGAUGAAAGAAUAGGCAAGAAAACCAGUCUGGAUCGAGGAUCAAAACUGUCUAGCUUAGAGCGUGGAGGGAAAUUGGCGAGUUUGGAGCGAUCAUCAAAAUCGUCAACCCUCGAGGAAGACAGCGGAGAUGGAAGGUUGAGUGGCAAGCAGUCGAGUAAGGGCUCCAGUCUGGAUAGUGAUACCAAGAAGAAUAAACGGGACAGUCUCGACAGACGAAGCAAGUCUUCUAGCCUUGAGAAGGCCGAGCGACGAAGGUCUCGGAACGUGAGUGGACAGGAGGGGCUUCCUAGAAAGGGCUCAGUGCAUCGCCACAAAAGACCCCUGUCUGACGAGAUUAUGCAAGAACAGGAGAUACUGAGCAAUGUAAUGGUGAAGAACCUGGACACAGGUGAGCUGGUACCCCUCAAGGACGCGGAACUGGAGCUACCCAAGUGUGUUGACCCCCUCGUCCUUCACAUCAUGAAGAGAACGAACGAGUACUCGAUUGAUGUUGAUGGCUCAGACAAGGAAGCAGACACACGCUCAGAGGGUGGACGAUCAACAACUAGCGAGGGUGGACUGAUAAAGAAGGGGGCCAAGUUGAAACGCCUAUUUGGAAAAAAAGUUGGGAAGACGGUUAAUAAAGUCAAGUCUGUUGCUGACCAUGUUAUGCACGGGGAAGAAAAUACUCCAGUAAUGGAGGGGGAGAUUUCUGAUGAUGGCAGGAAAUAUAAGUUCAAAGCUAACCAUAAUAAGAAAGGUCCGUACAACUUCGGCCAUCUUGGAUUUGUCCAGGACCUCAGUGGCGAUCAUAAUGGAGCUGUCUGGUGUAUGAAGUUUUCUCCUUGUGGGAGAUUGCUGGCAACUGGAGGUCAGGACAGCGUUCUGCGGAUCUGGGUGCUAGAGACAGCCUUCAACUAUUUUGACGAUAUGAGGCAAAAAUAUAUCGAAAUGAAGGUAUCUCCAGCUCCCUCCCAGGAAAGCCUGAGUUCCAUCCCAUCUGUCUCCAGUGACAUCUCUUCCUUAGAUGUCGGGGCAAUAGCCGGUAGUGAAGAGGAGGGAAAGGGGCCAUUCAAGUCCAAACCAUUCUGUCGAUAUAGGGGACACUCUGCUGAUAUCCUAGAUGUCUCCUGGUCAAAAAACUACUUUAUCCUCUCAUCAUCAAUGGACAAGACAGUUCGACUGUGGCAUAUUUCCCGUCGCGAGUGCCUAUGCACCUUUCAACACAUGGACUUUGUCACUGCCAUAGUUUUCCAUCCACGGGAUGACCGAUAUUUUCUUAGCGGCUCACUGGAUGGUAAAUUACGACUGUGGAAUAUUCCCGACAAAAAGGUCACACUAUGGAAUGAGGUUGAAAAUGGGUGCCUCAUCACUACGGCCAACUUUUGCCAUAACGGGAAAUUCGCAGUUGUAGGUACUUAUGAUGGAAAGUGCAUCUUCUACAGCACAGAGCACCUUAAAUACUAUACCCAAAUACAUGUGCGGUCAACCAGGGGAAAGAACUCAAGAGGAAAGAAAAUCACCGGGAUUGAGCCCCUUCCUGGCGAAGAUAAGGUGUUGGUGACGUCUAACGAUUCUCGAGUUCGGCUGUACGAUCUCCGAGAUCUGACAUUGACGUGUAAAUACAAGGGUCCCACAAAUACAAGCAGUCAAAUCAGGGCGACCUUCAGUCAAAGAGGAAAAUACAUUGUCUGCGGAUCAGAAGACCAUUUUGUGUACAUGUGGAGAACACAGCACGAGUUUUACAAGUUUUCCUCCGCACGACGAGAUCGUAAUGACUAUUACGAGGCCUUUAAGGCCCAUAAUGCAGUUGUAACCGCCUGUAUACUUGCUCCAAACCCUCAACACCUUCUUCCCUCUGAUGAUACGAACUCUUCACGAAAAUGUAAAGAGUUAUCUCCCUUGUCAAACUCUUCACCAGUUUCCUCCCUUGGAUCUCCUGCUGUUUCCGUGGAGACGAACGCAGAGUUUGUUAUUAGUGCCGACCUUGCUGGAAAUAUUAAAGUGAUAAGAGCAAAGUAAACUGUGUUUCAUUAGCAGGAAUACUUGAAUUGUAUUCAUAAAACAACUUAAUAUUUAAAAAAAAAUGUUUUUGGUAACUUGAUUUAUUAAAUUUGUAUGCAAUCAAAAUUGUUUUGAAAAGGCAAUUGCACUGCAUUAAAUUGAGUAAAUUUUGGGAGGGGGCCUGCAUAAAUUCUCCGGUCGAUUCCAAUUCUAUGUAAAAUGAAAGCAUUUGAUUUCUAUUAAUCUAAUUUGAUACCGAUAGGAAAGUUGAAGGACAGAAAUUUUACUUAAUUUAGUAAUUUUAAAUUUAAGAUGAUUUAUGAAUACUGCUCAAGAAGUUGUUGUUUUUUUUGUUGAAGCAAAAGAAAUCUGUGAAGUCAUACCCUGUGAUAUUUGGCUAAAAAAGUAUGUUUUUUACCACAUAACACUUAACAACUUAAUAACUUGCAAUGCUGACUUAAAUAAAAUUUGUUUGCCAUGGAUUCACUGAAAAAUCCCUGCUGGAUUUUUAAGGAGCAUUAAUAAUGAACUAGUUUUUAUUAUUUAUCAUUCUAUUGUUAAGUGUUAAGCUGCACUCUCACAGAAUGACUGAUUUCAGUGAUUUGACAAUGUUUUUAUUUUUUGGCUCAGAAUCAGCGGACUUGGGCAUCAAUGUUUUCAACUCAGUCAUACAAGAUAACUCACUAUAGAACAGAUCUCAAUUGUGUGGAAAACUGCCCCCAAUUUUUUUUUUCUUAAACCAUUAAUUACAAUUUUAGCCAUAAAACAUCAAUUUUCGAACUUAUAUAUUAAAAACUUUGAUCUGAUCUUUUAUCCGCAGUCGUUUGUUUAAGACAUCUACGCAAAACUUGGCUCAUUCCAAGAUGAAAAUUAAAAAGUUGUGAAAACGGUCAAUCUGUGGGAGUGCAGCUUCAAGUAAUGACUAAUUUUCCCUUCUGACCUACUCACUAAAGAAAGUGUCGGGUCACUGCAAACCAAGCAUUAGUUUAAGGACAGCUUAUAGAUAUAAUGUAAGAGGGGACAUCCCAGAAGAUCAGGCCACCAUUGUAUUUCACAACUGUAUGAGAGAUCAGAUCAGUUACGUGGUAUAAAUCAGUAAUUGGAUUAUCUUAAAUGAAUGAACAAAUUUGGUGUACUUUUAAGCCUAUUGAAAAACAGUUCUUUUGUGAAACUGGAAAUGGUUUGCACAAAUGAUAGAAUGAUUGAAGCUUAUUGGAAAAAUGUUCUUUUGUACAGCUUGAUUUUUUUUCAACAAUUUUUACUGAAAUUUAAUCAUGACUAGCUUGGAGAUGGCUCUCACAUGCACAUAUUUUCUACAAUGGCCAUACUUAACUUCAUAUUUCUAUUUUACUGUCAUUUCUGUGUUCCACUUGUUGAUAAUGCUAUUCAUUUUUUGUUGCAUGUCUGGGUCUCAAAGAAAGGAGUAAAGUAUUGUCCUUGCUGUGGUGUUGACAUCGGCACCAUUGUGCAAAAACUUUAAUCUAUGCCAAAACUUGGAAAACUGUUCAUUGUGCUGGAAUUGAAACUUGGAAAACAUGUUGUCAGACGCAAUCCAUACAUGAUUAGCAAGGCCCAUAAGUCUGGCUUAAAUGUUUCUUGAAUUACGCUCCUUUUUUAAAAUAAAGCGUACAGAUAAGUGUAUGCAUUUGCUCUAUGGUGCUCUAGUUAUUUGAAAAAGUUAUUUGAUAAAUUUCAUUGAAUUCUAGCAUAAUAUUUUAUACUGCAUAGAAUUUUAGUAUCACAAAAUGUUACUUUUUAAUGAACUUUAAAACAAAGUUGUAUAUGGGUUUUAUGUCUCCUACUUAGCAUGACAAACAUACAGGGAUCCUGUUUUCUUGUGUUAGUGUAACCCAUGGCAUUAUUUUUUCAUGUCCUUUCUUUAUCUAGAGUAUUUCUUAUUUUUAGCUCGACUCUUCGAAGAAUGAGGAGAGCUAUCCUAGUCACCCGAGCGUCGGCGUAACCACUUAUGUCAAUGUUUUUGUAAGAGUUUGUGUACCACCUCAAAUAAUGACAUAUGGCUUUGAAACUUUGCACACUUGUUCACCAUCAUGCUCCAACCUGUAGACAGGAGGAGAUAACUCUAUUAAGCAGUUUGACAAAAUUGUGCCCCUUUUUCAACUUAGAAUAUAUGUUAAAGUUUGCGUACCACCUCAAAUAUUUUCAAAGUCCAUUGACAUCUGGCUUUGAAACUUUUCACACUUGUUCACCAUCAUGCCACCAACCUGUACACAGGAGGAGGUAACUCUAUCAAGCAUUUUGACAAAAUUAUGCCCCUUUUUCAACUUAGAAUUUAUGUUAAAUGCGUACCACCUCAAAUAUUUUCAAAGUCCAUUGACAUCUGGCUUGGAAUCUUUCCACGCUUGUUCACCAUCAUGCCCCCAACCUGUACACAGGAGGAGGUAACUCUAUCAAGAAUUUUACAAAAUUAUGCCCCUUUUUACUUAGAAUUUACAUUAAAGUUUGCGCACCACCUCAACUAUUUUCCAAUUCAGUUUAUGUAAAUAUCUCAGCACAUCAAGUAUUGCAUUGAAAUUUAAUCUAACAGUGAUCCAUGCAUGUUUCGCCAAAACUUUUCAAUCCAUACACCGAAAAGCGGCGGAAUAGUCGAGCGGGCUGUCUCUGUGACAGCUCUUAAAUAAGAUUUCUUUAUUCUUAUUUCUUUUCAAUUUUCAUUGUUUCUUGUUUAAUGAUAAAAUAUUGUGAAAAAAGAUUGUUCGUAACUGAUUCAACUUUAACAGUUUGUCUGUGAGUGAACAUUAUGAAUAUAUUCUUAACAAACAUACAUUUUUUAGGUUCAAUGGCAUCUUUCUUUUUAUGGUAUAUAGUUUUGUCUGUAUAAUUACUAAUCUGUUAUACAUGCAAUCUGUACUUUCUAUUUACAUGUUAAACAAAAAUAUACUAUUUAGUCUGGUAUAAGGUUUAUAAAGUUUUUGUUCAAAUUGCAAUGUCCCAGUGAUGUACUGUAUGGAAAAGAUUUGUGUCUCGAUCAAUAUGAUGCUCAAAUCAGUUUGCUACUGCCCUAAAAGAUUACAUGAUUUGUUUAACUUUGUUAAGAAUGUCCUCGUGCUUUGGUUUGUCCAGAGUUAUCAUGUGACUAGUAAGUCUCUCAAUUAGUUUAACAGUUAUAGAUAUACGAAUUUAGGGUGGUUCCGCAUUAUGCUAAUUGACUUCCAAAAAUUAUUUUAACCGAAUGAAAUUAUAGGAAAUAGUCAUUCAGAUUUAAUAAUUGUUUUGAUUCAAUUUUUGAUAAAUGUCAGUUUCACAAAAUUGAGCAUAUUAGUAUUGCUAUACAGGAGAAGGAAAUUUCUAAACGGAUUGUUUUAUUUGCAUGUCUAGAACUUGAAUCAUGUAGAAAUAUAUUCAGAUAUAGGAGUUAUUAUUUAUGCCAACAUGUGGUUGUUUAUUUUUCCGUUUUUAAACCAUUAAUUAGUCAUCAGCAGGGAGCUGCACUCAAUAACCAACUUCCAUUGAACUUGAAAUUAAGAUUGGAAACUCAGUGUUUUGAUUGGCCUGUAUAUUUAGCUGACCAAUAGGCUGAAUGGAAGCACUGAGGCAUGUCUAAGUAUAAGGAUAAUAUCAAUGUUGCAUACUGGCCUUGAUGCAGCUUAAUGGCUUGGUUAACUAAUACCCAUAACUCUCUUUGUAUUGGCGCAGAUGUCUCUAAACUAGACUGCUUACAUGUGUAAACCACUGAUUUUUCCACUUUGAUGGGGGAUUUGGUUAGAAGCUCAUUAUGAUUUCAUCAGAAUUUGAUGAUCCUUUUGGCAGAUAAAGGAACAUUUACAGUAAAAUAUACAGAACAGAACAGAAUAUUUAUUUAGAUACAAGCUUAUGAUCAUCAAAAUAAAGCAAAAUAUAAUUGUGAGAAAGGGCAUUAUUUUCCCAAAAUGUUAAUACCGGGUACAUUUUCCUAUACCAGUGCUCCAGCCAGGAUUUGAAAAGAGCAGGGUGCUUUUGAUUUGCUUUGAAUGAGCCUUAAUGGGGCACUUGCAAGGGUCAAUGUUCAAUUCUUAUUGUGUAUGUAUUGUUUCUACUUUCAAUACUAAUAGUUUGUUAUAAAUAUAUUGGCUGUUAUCUUUAGUUUUAAAAUUAUGUUUAUUUUUUAUUUGUAUACUUAUUUCUGAAAAUUGACUUGAGAAUAUGUCCAAUAAAUAUCAAACAUAGUUCAAAAUUUAACAUAAACCAGGUUGUAUGCAAUUGUGGCUCUGUCAAACAUUAAAGGCAUAUCAGGGUGUAGUAAGAAGGCAUCCAGGGGCAGAAAAGGGGUUGAAGGGCUCUCCCCCCUGCUAUUUAGGCCUAGCUGGAACACUGCUAUACUAUUAUUUCAAAUUGUUUUUUUUUUCAGAAGGGUAAAAAUACAUUUUCUUCUACUAUAAGUUCAAAUUGUGACAUAUUGAUAACAUGUUUAACAAUUAUUAUAAGUAUAUGUCUUAUGGUAAACAAAGUGCAAUAUUUCUUGUUCAACAUGACUUUAUAUUUAUAUUUUAUAAUAAACUGAACUUAACUCAGA